AUGAAGUGGGUGGUAACAAUUUUUUUAAUUUUCCUACUAAAUUCUACUGAAUCCAGAACAAUGCAUAGCAAUGCAUAUGGAAUAGCUUCCAUACUGGAUUCUUUGCAAUGUUCAGCAGAGACGAAUUUAGUUGACCUAGCUACCAUAUUUUUUGCCCAGUUUGUUCAAGAAGCCACUUAUAAGGAAGUAAGCAAAAUGGUGAAAGAUGUAUUGACUGUAAAUGAGAAAUCCACUGGUGGUGAACAGGCUGCAAAGUGUUCCAAAAACCAACUAUCUGCCUUUCUGGAAGAGAUUUGCCAUGAGAAGGAAAUUCCUGAAAAGUAUGGACUUUUAGAUUGCUGCAGCCAAAGUGAAGAGGAAAGACAUAACUGUUUACUAGCACGCAAAAAGGAUGCUCCAGCAUACAUCCCACCCUUUCAACUUCCAGAACCUGUCAGCAGUUGUAAAGCAUAUGAAGAAAGCAGGGAGAUGUUCCUGAACCGAUAUGUCUAUGAGAUAGCAAGAAGGCACCCUAUCCUAUAUGCGUCUACAGUUCUUUACUUGGCUGGUCACUAUGACAAGAUAAUUUCAGCUUGCUGCAAAUCUGAAAACACAGUUGAAUGUUUCCAAACAAAGGAAGCAACAAUUACCAGAGAAGUAAGAGAAAGCAACUUGUUAAAUCAACAUACGUGUGCAGUGAUAAGAAAUUUUGGACCCCGAACCCACCGUGCCAUAACUGUUGCCACUCUGAGUCAAAGGUAUUCCAAAGCUAAUUUUACUGAAAUUCAGAAGCUAGUCCUGGAUGUGGCCCACAUACAUGAGGAAUGUUGCAGAGGAAACGUGCAAGAGUGUCUGCAGGAUGGGGGUAAAAUUAUAUCCUACGUAUGUUCUCAACAACGUAUUCUGUCAAGCAACAUACUAGAAUGCUGUAAAUUGCCCACACUUGAACUUAGUCAAUGCAUAAUUCACACAGAAAAUGAUGACACACCUGAAGGCUUAUCUCCAAAUCUAAAUAGGUUUUUGGGAGAGCGAGAUUUCAACCAGUUUUCUUCAAAGGAAAAAGAUCUCUUCAUGGCCAGAUUUACUUAUGAAUAUUCAAGAAGGCACACCAAGCUUGCUAUCCCAGUAAUUCUAAGAGUUGCUAAAGGAUACCAGGAAUUAUUGGAGAAGUGUUCCCAGUCUGAAAACCCUCUUGAAUGCCAGGACAAAGGGGAAGAAGAACUAGAGAAAUACAUCCAGGAAGGCCAAGCACUGGCAAAGAGAAGCUGUGGCCUCUUCCAGAAGUUAGGAGAAUAUUACUUACAGAAUGCGUUUCUUGUUGCUUACGCAAAGAAAGCCCCUCAGCUGACCCCACCUGAGCUGAUAGCCUUGACGAGGAAAAUGGCGACCGCAGCAGCCACUUGUUGCCAACUCAGUGAGGACAAGCAAUUGGCCUGUGGGGAGAAAGCGGCUGACCUUAUUAUCGGACAAUUAUGCAUCAGGCAUGAAGAGACGCCUAUCAACCCUGGUAUUGGUCAGUGCUGCACUUCUUCAUACGCCAACAGGAGGCCGUGCUUCAGCAGCUUGGUGGUGGAUGAAACAUAUGUCCCUCCACCAUUCUCUGAUGACAAGUUCAUCUUCCACAAGGAUCUGUGCCAUGCCCAGGGUGUAGCACUGCAAACAAUGAAGCAACAGUUUCUCAUUAACCUUGUGAAGCAAAAGCCACAAAUAACAGAGGAACAACUUGAGGUGGUGAUUGCAGAUUUCUCUGGCCUCCUGGAAAAGUGCUGCCAAGGUCAAGAGCAGGAAGUCUGCUUUUCAGAAGAGGGUCCACAACUAAUUUCAAAAACUCGUGCUGCUUUGGAAGUUUAAAUUACUUCAGGAGGAAGAGAAGAGGACAAAAUAAGUCUUUAUAGUUUGGUGUGAACUUUUCCCUUUAACUCUAUCUGACUUAAUACUUUUUGUGAAAUUAUGAAGACUUUUAUGUGCUAUUUCUCUAUCAUAGAAAUAAAGCAUCU